AUGGUGCCCAAGGCGACAUCAGACAACUGGCGGCCCUGUAGUGACUAUCGCGCCCUCAACAAUGCGACCGUCCCGGAUCGUUAUCCCGUCCCUCAUCUUCAAGAUUUUGCUAGAGCUCUUUUCGGCAAAUCGGUUAUCUUGAAGAUUGACCUUACUCGGUCCUUCCAACAGAUUCCUCUCGUGCCUGAGGAUGUUCCCAAAACUGCCGUCACCACACCAUUCGGCCUGUUUGAAUUUAUUCGCAUGCCAUUUGGUCUUCGCAAUGCUGCCCAAACAUGUCAAAAGGUUCAUUGACCGAGUCCUACGUAAUCUCCCUUUUAUGCACGCCUACAUCGAUGACCUCUUGGUGGCCAGUCAAAAUGCCGAGGAACACAUAGAGCAUCUUGCCUAAGUGUUUGACCGCCUCGAUCAGUUUGGCGUGGCCAAUAACCCUUCGAUAAGUGUUCUGAGUGUGCCGUCCCUUGAUUUUCUUGGUCUCCAUGUCGAUGCACAAUGUUUGCGUCCCCUCUCUUCCAAUGUUGAGGCCAUUCGUGACUUUACUCCACCAACCUCCAAGCAUCAGUUGCAACGUUUCCUUGGCUUGGUAAACUUUUAUCGUCGGUUCCUGCCGAACUGUGCCGACCUUGUGCUGCCACUCACCAACUUGCUCUCUGGUCCCAAGGGUCCUCUUGAGUUACGUGGUCACACGCUGACUGCUUUUGAGAGAAUAAAGACCUUCCUUGCUGAUGCUACCUUGCUCACUCAUCCUGUUUCAGAAGCCCCAUUGUCCCUGAUGGUUGAUGCUUCGACCGUUGCCGUAGGAGCAGUCCUCCAACAGCAUAUCAACGACUCGACACGACCGUUGGCAUUCUUCUCCAAGAAGCUUUCACCUGCCGAGACGAGAUAUAGCACGUAUGGCCGUGAACCUCUUGCCAUUUACCUAGCCGUAAAACAUUUACGACUCUUCAUUGAGGGUCGUGACUUCACAAUUUUCACAGAACACAAACCACUUACGUUUGUCGUCCGAUCCCAUUCUGACAAAUAUAACCCGAGAAAGAUUUCUCAUUUGGAUUACAUCUCGCAAUUCACCACCGACAUCCGCCACAUUGAUGGCCCGAAGAAUGCGGUGGCCGACAUGCUGUCCAGACCUUCCCUCUCGACGUUUCACCUCUCACACGGCAUUGAUCUUGGUGCUAUGGCGGCUGAAAAAGACUUGUUGGAUGCCCUGGCGAUGAGUUUGUUGACAGUCUUCAAUCCUUUGUGA